CACAACCAGACCAUAUCAUAUGCAUCACCUUUCACUCUACACCUCACCCCUACUACCUAUCCGUAGAUACCCAGACAUUGUCACACUAAACCAACCCUCUUUACCUCAAGUCGACCCCGCCAUCAUCCCCGUUGGAUGGCUCGAGUCGCCAACACCCUCGUGCCUACCACAACCACCGCCCCCGAUCCGUACCCUCGGUACAUGGAACACGUCGAUCACUCGGAAGACAAGUUUGCUUACGAACAGAGACCUGAAGAGAAUGCCAUCGAUACGAAAUACAUCGAAGAGCACGUCGUUCACGAGGAUGGAGAUGGAGAUGCGCAUGCACGAGACGCCUCGGGUGGAGAGGAGCAGGAUCAGAUCACGGACCAAGACGUCGAUCUGGAACACGAUCAGGAACCACCGCGGCAACCCGUGUCCAUCAUCGACCUCCCACCCGAGUUGAUUUUUCACAUCCUCUCUUUCUUGCCCAACUCUCGAUUAAACUACAACCCCUUGAUCCAAUCGCCACACGCUACGGCCAUCUCUCUCCCUCAUGAUGAUUACAAUACCAACGCCAACGUCGACCCGGAAUACCACCUCCGUACCGAGCUGCUCGAUCCGACACCUUACUACCCCGACGCCCAGCUCGUCCAGAAGUCGCUCUACGCGGUGAUGAGGACGUGCAAGCGGUUCUACGAGAUCGCCAAGGCGUUGAUGUGGGUCGAUGUCGUCGUCAAGGGAGGACGAGGGUGGAUCAGCGUCGUCGAAGGCUUGGGGGAAUAUGUCGGCGAGGUCUGGUACGACGUGGCAGCUUCCAGGGCGAGGUCGUUGGUCAGGAGGUCUAGUCAGAAGUACGUCAAUGAUGCGCAUAUGCGGCGGUUGGAAGGCGUGUCGGCGGGAACGCUGAGUACGGUCUCGUCUGGUGGGCAUACGAUCGGGACGAUGAGGGAAGAGUCAGUAGGAAGUGGGAGUGGGGUCGGGAGUACCAGUGGGGCGGGGGAGAGCGGUUUCAGCGAAUACCUCGUCACUCCCGAGACCUCUCAUGCCGAACAUAAUCCCGAGCCUGCCAUCCUCGAUAACUUUGCUGAUACCGACAACAACACGGCCUCGAACGCCACGGCCGUCGGUAUCAACAUCCAUUCGCCCCCGAUUGUCGAGGUCGCUGAACACAUGCAGAUGCUCUCCACCUCAGCUCCCGUCAUCCCGCAACUGGACCAGAUUAUGAUGGGCCACCACCACCAUCAAGACGACCAGGAUCUCACAUCGGAUUCCGCUCCUCCGCCACAUCAGUUCCCCACAUCGGUACCCACUUCGCCUCAACCUCUGGGUCCGCCCAUCUUGGCCCCCGUCGUCGGUGAUAUCUCGAUCGGGCCGCAGUUGAUCUCCGGGUUCAACUUUGCCAACAUCCCGCCGGAGACGAACGUGUCGGGUUCCAUGUCGCCUCUCUCAUCUUCGUCCCGGUCCAGGCAGACUUCGCCUCAUCAAGGACCAUCAGGAUGGAGGGAGAGGGACAACGAUCGCCGUGCGCCUAUCAGCAAUUGGAGGGCAGCGCCGUCGUUGAUCAGAAAGACCUCGAUCACGCGUGCGGCCUCGCUGAGCCUUAGCCGAGGGAUGAGCUUGGCCAGGAGCAAGAUGAGAGACAGAUUCAAUAGCAUUAACGGCAUCGGCAACAAGGAUAAAGCUCCAGAUGCCGAGGCGGAGAUCUUGAUCGAGAAUCAGGAUUUCAGGGUGAUGAGACCCGCUAUCGAUUCCCCCGACUUGGAUUACGGCGAGGCGCAGAACAAGUUUGAGAGUUUGGAUAUGGUACUCCGUAACGGAGGUACUUUAUCCCGGACCAACUCGAUCUCUGGUCCGAACGGGACCAACAAUGGCAGAUCUUCGAUCCGGUCCCAGUCACAUCAGACUGGCGUGGUCCGGCCCAAGACGAGGUUGGAGAGGGAAAAGGAACUCCGCAGGGAUUGGGAAAAGGAACGUGAUCUGUCCCGGGCAAGGGCGAGGGCAAGGUCCCCCUCGGUCCUCGGUGGUAGACGGGCCAGGUCGCCGUCGAUCUCGAGGAGCAAGAACCGGAGGAACGCUACGGAUGUGGGAGCGGACGGGGCGGAGAGUUUGAUGCAAAUUUUGAAUAGGGAGGCUAAGCGGCAAGAGUCGGUCGAAGGGCUACCUGGGGUCGUCUCUAGGGACGCGGUCGAGCAGGAGCAGGGCCCAGUCUCAGCCACGGGGCAGGCGGUCAUUACCACUGAUGAGACAAGAGAGCAGACGGGCGGGUCGUCGAUGCAACUGGUUGACGGACUACCUACGCUUGGUGCCCCGAUCGAGUUAGGCUCCCAGGCACCUUGGGCGGGGGAUUCGACCGCUCAUGAGCCCAUGUUCCUGGAAAACGCUCCUCAGGAAUCGCAGAACGAGGAAAGCAACGUCCCCGAGAUGACACCUGCAGACCCGGAGUACGAAUUCGAAUUUGAGCUUCCUACCCGUCUUCCACCUAUUCCCCAAAUCCAGUCGCUCUCGUUUGCCAAUUUCCGUACCACCGGUACUCGACGCACGCAGGAAGAGGCGGUACGUGGCAAGUUUGUCACGCCUCAGAGGCUCUAUCACGUGCUCCGAAAUGCGCCCCGGCUGAAACGGUUGGCCAUGACCGAGUACGUCGACAGCGCGCUCGCCGUCGAGGUCAUCGAAGAGAUCUUUUUACGCGGUUACGAUUUCGUACGGGAAGGCGAGUCCGAGUCGGAGCGACAGCGGUUGAACGGGUUCGAGCCGAUGGAAGCGCUCGACCUGACCGGAUGCGUGUCGUCAGUGUUUGGCAAGGCGAUGGAAGAGUUUGUCGAGAGGUGGUUGGUCGAUCCCAAGGAACGACGGCGGCGGCGACGUCAGCGCGAGAUGGAUCAGACGAUGGUCGACGAUCCGGAUGCAAGAGGUGAACGAGGGAGGAGUCGAGCGGUCCAUGGAUUCGGAGGGCUGUCGGCCGAGGAUCACCUGCGACUCGCCGAGGAGGAAGACGAGUUUUAUGAAGAGGAAGACAAGGCGUGGGUCAAGCCCGUUUUCAAGCACCUGAAACGGUUGAGCUUGCGAGGAUGCGUGAUCUUGUCCUGGGACGUCAUCGCCACGCUCGUCGGCUGUUGUCCCGGACUUACUCACCUCGAUCUGUCCUUUACCCGAGUCUCGCCCGCCACGCUCGAAGCUCUGGGCCAGAUGCCCGAUACCCGAUUGGUCGCGCUCAGCUUGGCACGCUCCACCCGAUUGACGAGCGAGAGCGUGAGAAACUUUUUGUGCGACGCUCCGGCCGCGAGCACGAUCGUCGAUCUCAACAUGUUUGGCGACAUGACCUAUCUCUCGCCGCUCAACGCGACCGAUCUCGAGUGGAUCUUGAAGCUGGCCCCCUGUUUCCGGAACCAAAACCUGCGGUACCUCGAUCUCUCCUCGGCACCUCUCACGGGAGCCAUGCUUUCGGACGACGAGGUGACCGUACAACCGGGCUUGCGAUCCUUGGGUCUGAGUUAUAUCCCCCACCUCCCGCUCGACGAUGUGACCAACUUCAUCCUGAGAAAGGCUAGCAACGUCGAGAUCCUCACCCUCACGCACUCGUCCACUCAAGCCGACCUCCCCUUAAGCCUGGCCGCGCUGCAUACGAUGAUGACCCUCCAUGGUAAACUCAUCAACCCGCUCACCUCGCCCCCCUUCAAGAUCAUGUCCGGUCCUUCUCGACGAGGACCUCAUCAAGACUCUCCCACCCGGGUCCGCGUGAUCGAGCUCAGCGAGACCGUCCGUCGCGCCCUGGGGCGGAGCGGGGGUAGCCUGGACUGGCGAGUGAUCAAAUCCAAGGGAGGUCGAGGAUGGUUCGUCGACGUCUCUGCCGGAUGGGUCAGGGAGUACGACCCCGCGCUUCUCCGACGGGUCUAUCGGUUCCAACGAGGCCUGGACAAGGAUCACGUGUGGAGGCGGUACUUGCAGGCGUUGGCGGAUGCGGAUGGGAAAGUGGGAAGCUCGGUCGGAUGGCAUAGCCAUAAAUGCAACGUCAUGGUCGGACUGGGCAUGAUCGCCAGGGAAGAAGGACUGUACGGUUUCUCGGCGUUUGCGUCGGACCGUUGAGACGAUGGAUAGAAGUUGAAUUAAACGUGUAUGUUUUUCCCUUUAAUCCAGGAGUUGACCUGGCUGUAUGUAGAUGAUUGUCUAAAGAAUUGCUAUAAUAUGAUAAUACGUUGUUGCGGUCGAGGUGCGAGGUCCGUAUGAGACCUGUCUAUUUGUCAGUGUUGUACCUAGUCAAGGCGUAAUGUUGUAUCAUACCAAAAGUGGUUUCUGUUUUUCGGGACCCCUAUGAUCCAGCG